AUGCCAGUUUCCUCGCUACAUAUGCUGGAUUUCAGCUUUUCAAAUCCCUAUACACUAACUUUUGAUCCGUAUGGCCCAUUUGCUGUUCUAUAUCGUCUUUUGUUUUCAAGAUGCGGGUCAGUAUUAGAGAAAGACCUCUCGAAUUACGCCAACAAGAGAGUCCUAAUCACUGGCGGAACCAGUGGGUGUGGGUUGGAGUGCACAAAAGCAUUUGCUCGUGCCGGUGCCCAUGUAAUCGUGACAGCAAGAAAUAGUGAAAAGGGCGAAGUUCUGAGAGAAGAAAUCAUGAAAGAAACAGAGCCUCUUCAUAUUACACCCAAAGUGGACGUCUUGGAAUUGGAAAUGAGUUCCGAAGAUUCUAUCACGGCUUUCAAUACUCGCCUGCAAGAAUACCCAUCUCUAGACUUAGUGAUCCUGAACGCAGGCAUCUACCAAACCGACUUUGUCAGAUGCGAAAACACAGGUAGGGAACAGACACUACAGGUCAACUUUCUAAGUACCUGUGCUACAGCACUGCUCGCCAUGCCUCUGUUACUGCGACAACCAACGCAAGGUCGUUUAUUAAUCAUCUCAUCCGAGGCACAUGCCUGGGCAAAUCCUCAGCAAAAGUCAUUCACCGCCUUGAUGGAAAUGCUCAACCAGCCAGAUACAUAUCCCUGUUAUGCAAGAUACCACAUCACGUCCGCCACACCCGGAUUUUGCCGCAGCGGACUUUUCCGUUCGUUUAGUGGUAAGACUAUCGCAGAUUAUUUGGAGAGGCUAGUUUGCCGCACCCCUGAUCAGGGUGCAUGGCAGUAUCUCACGGCGAUCGAGGGCAUGGAUGUAGAGGUGCAUGGCUGCUUCUUCGCAGAUGGAAAAUUCAGGCCGCCAUCGACCGCGACAACAUUGGCUAAGGAAGAAGGGUUACAGGAUUCUAUGUGGGAUAAUGUUCUUAAAAUGUUGCCUGAAUGUGCACAACAUGCAGCACAUGAAUUAUCUAUCUGA